AUGCCACUGCUUUAUUCAGUUGUUGCACGUGGGACAACCAUCCUGGCCAAGCAUGCCAACUGCACAGGGAAUUUCCAAGAAGUCCUCAACCAAAUCCUGCCAAAGAUUCCUCCAGAAGAUUCCAAACUCACAUACUCUCAUGGCAGUUAUCUUUUCCACUACAUCAUGGAAGGUGGCAUCAUUUAUUUGUGCAUUAGUGAUGAUGAUUUUGAGAGGUCUAGAGCAUUCCUGUUUUUGAAUGAAGUCAAGAAGCGAUUUCAGAUGACAUAUGGAUCAAGGGUUCAGACUGCUCUGCCAUAUGCAAUGAACUCUGAAUUUUCUCGGGUUCUUGCCAACGAAAUGCGGCAUUUCUCUGAUGCUAGGGAUGAUGAUACCAUUGCCAAGGUGCAGGGAGAACUAGAUGAACUGAAGCACAUCAUGGUGCAGAAUAUAGACAGCCUAGCAUCCCGAGGUGAAAGGUUGGAGCUUUUGGUGAACAAAGCUGAGAAUCUGAGUGCUUCUUCUGUGACAUUCCGAACAACAAGCCGAACCCUGGCUCGAACUCUUUGGUGGAAGAAUGUGAAGAUGAUGGUCAUCGCUGUGCUUAUUGGAAUAGUGGCAUUGUAUAUCAUUGUGUCUAUUGCCUGUGGAGGUUUGGACUGGAAAAAGUGUGUCAAGAAAAAGCAGGCCUGA